AUAUUUGAGGACCAAAUAUCCCACAAAAAAAGAAAAGAAAAAAAAAAAAAUCCCAUCGUCAUAUAUUUCCGCCUCUAUUUCCAUAUCUCCCAUACGGAAAAAUUUAAGCCCAAAAUUUCUCUCUCCCCUCUUCACUGCUUGAACAGCAGAGAGCAAUGGUGGAAUCUUCACCUCCAAACCCUAAUUUCCUGCAACAACCAUUAAUACAACCAGAAGCAGCAGCAGGUCUAUCAUCACCACCACCACCACCACCACCACCAGCAGCCUUACUACCACCGCCGCCACCUCAAAGCUCAAGCCCUCGAUUCUCUUUCCCGCGUCCGUCCUUCAGACUAACCUCAGAGUUUGACAGUGACAGUUCCAUCUUCCUUCACAAGGUCUCAUGCAAGCUCUUUGAUAAUCUCGCCAAACUCAAGCUUUCCUUCCAGAACAACCACAAGGGUGAGGUUUCUGAUCCUCAGCUGCAUUUCGUAACCAAGUACCUCUCCCUCCAUUACGAUGUCGAAGAGCACAAUGCAUUGGUCAAGGGUUCUUUCAAUGUCGGUGGCAGGUUGCAGUUUAAAGCUGUUCAAGAUGUCAAGGAGCAACAAGGGGAGGUAGCAAUGAUUACAAGCCUCGCCGAUCCUUCCUAUACACUCGAAUUGUCUUCUGCUGUUCCAUCUGUUGGUAUGCCAAAAGCAACCUUUAGAUUCCCACUUGGUGAAGUUGCAUUGGAGGAAAGAGAUGAGGAAGUUAAGAGAGUGUCGUCAGUAAAUGGGAUCCUGAAGGGUCAACUUUUGAAUGGGGUUUGUACUGCUCAGUACAAAGAUGAGGAUUUGAAUCUGAGAUACUCCUACAAGGAUGAGGAGAUGUCAUUCAUCCCAAGCUUUUCACUGCCAUUGAAUGUGGCUUCUUUUGCCUUCAAGCGGCAGUUUGGUCCUUCAGACAAGUUGAGCUACUGGUACAAUUUUGAUUCCAAUUACUGGAGUACAGUAUAUAAGCAUACAGUUGGGAAGGACCUCAAGUUUAAGGCUGGCUAUGAUUCGGAGGUCCGACUUGGUUGGGCAUCACUAUGGGUUGGAGAUGAAGAAGGGAAAGUAACAUUGGCCCCAAUGAAGAUGAAAGUUCAGUUCAUGCUCCAAGUCCCUCAAGAUGACAUUAGAUCAUCAGCCCUCAUGUUCCGGGUGAAGAAGAGGUGGGAUUUUUAGAACUUGGCGACUGGUGAUGGUGAACCAUUAUUUAUGUUCUUACUCUUCAGUUUUCAUUAUAGAAAAACAAGAUAGCAUUGGUUUAUCUACCUGUUGUAUUGACGUUCUUUGCUAUAUGAACAAAACAAUUCUGUUCAAUAUAUUUUUCUUUUAUUUCACAA